CACCCUGCGAUCACAUGGUAAUUGUUGCUAUUUCCAGGAUCCCAGCCUCGCAGAGUGGCACAAGAGCUCUUUUCCCUUUUCUUGUCCUUUUCCCCCCGCCGUCUUUUCCCUUGUUUGCCGCUGGUGUCGGGGCUGUUUUCGCUCGCCGUUCAGCCGGCUCGGCGCUGGCCGGCGGGCGCGGGGCGAUGCCGGGGCCGCUGCCCUGAGCCGGGGCGGGCGCAGCCGCACCCCCGCCCCUGCCCCUGCCCGGGAGCCGCUCCAUGAGAGCGGGACCGGCCCGGCACCCCCAAAAUGACCGAGCUGGAAGGGGACUUCACCAAGCUGCUGCUGCUGAAGGAGGAGCGGAUCAAGGAGCUGGAGCGGCGCCUGGGGGAGAAGGACGAGGAGAUCCAGGAGCUGCGGCGGCGGCUGCACAAAUGCCAGUCCGUGCUGCCGGCCCCCAGCCCGCACAUCGGGCCCCGCACCACCCGGGCGCAGGGCAUCUCGGCCGAGCCGCAGACCUACCGCUCCUUCCACGACCUCCGCCAGGCUUUCCGCAAGUUCACCAAGGCCGAGAGGUCGAAGGAGCUAAUAAAGGAAGCGAUCCUUGACAAUGACUUCAUGAAGAACCUGGAAUUGUCCCAGAUCCAGGAGAUUGUGGAUUGUAUGUACCCCGUGGAGUAUGGCAAGGACAGCUGCAUCAUCAAGGAGGGAGAUGUGGGUUCCCUGGUCUAUGUCAUGGAAGAUGGGAAGGUUGAAGUGACAAAAGAGGGAGUGAAGCUCUGCACCAUGGGACCUGGCAAAGUUUUUGGGGAGUUAGCCAUCCUCUACAACUGCACCCGGACAGCUACUGUCAAAACUCUCGUAAAUGUGAAACUUUGGGCUAUUGAUCGGCAAUGUUUUCAAACAAUAAUGAUGAGGACUGGCCUCAUCAAGCAUACUGAGUAUAUGGAAUUUUUAAAAAGCGUUCCCACAUUCCAGAGCCUUCCCGAGGAGAUCCUCAGUAAGCUUGCAGAUGUCCUGGAAGAGACUCACUACGAGAGUGGAGAGUACAUUAUCCGCCAAGGGGCUCGAGGGGACACCUUCUUCAUAAUCAGCAAAGGAAAGGUGAACGUUACCCGGGAGGACUCUCCCAGCGAAGAUCCCGUCUUUCUCCGCACUCUGGGGAAGGGGGAUUGGUUUGGAGAGAAAGCCCUCCAAGGGGAGGAUGUCAGGACAGCCAACGUCAUUGCAGCUGAAGCGGUCACUUGUCUGGUCAUAGACAGAGACUCCUUCAAGCACCUGAUCGGGGGCCUGGAUGACGUCUCCAACAAAGCCUACGAGGAUGCAGAAGCAAAAGCAAAAUACGAAGCCGAAGCUGCCUUCUUUGCCAACCUGAAACUGUCGGAUUUCAACAUCAUCGACACCCUGGGAGUCGGAGGGUUCGGGAGAGUGGAGCUGGUGCAGCUGAAGAGCGAGGAGGCCAAGACGUUCGCCAUGAAGAUCCUGAAGAAGCGGCACAUCGUGGACACGCGGCAGCAGGAGCACAUCCGCUCCGAGAAGCAGAUCAUGCAGAGCGCCCACUCCGACUUCAUCGUCAGGCUCUACAGGACGUUCAAGGACAGCAAGUACCUGUACAUGCUGAUGGAGGCCUGCCUGGGGGGAGAGCUCUGGACAAUUCUCAGGGACAGGGGUUCGUUUGAGGAUUCCACGACCAGGUUUUACACGGCGUGCGUGGUGGAAGCCUUUGCCUACUUGCAUUCCAAAGGGAUCAUUUAUCGGGACCUCAAGCCAGAGAACCUCAUUCUGGAUCACCGAGGUUAUGCCAAGCUGGUCGAUUUUGGCUUUGCAAAGAAAAUAGGAUUUGGAAAGAAAACAUGGACUUUCUGUGGCACCCCGGAGUACGUCGCCCCCGAGAUCAUCCUGAACAAAGGUCACGACAUUUCGGCAGACUACUGGUCCCUGGGAAUCCUGAUGUACGAGCUCCUGACUGGCAGUCCCCCUUUCUCAGGCCCAGACCCCAUGAAGACCUAUAACAUCAUAUUAAGGGGGAUAGACAUGAUCGAAUUUCCAAAGAAGAUUGCCAAAAAUGCUGCUAAUUUAAUUAAAAAACUAUGCAGGGACAAUCCAUCAGAAAGAUUAGGGAACUUGAAAAAUGGAGUGAAAGAUAUCCAAAAGCACAAAUGGUUUGAAGGCUUUAACUGGGAAGGGUUACGGAAAGGGACACUGACACCUCCCAUAAUCCCAAGUGUCGCGUCUCCCACGGACACAAGCAACUUUGACAGCUUCCCAGAGGACAGUGAUGAGCCACCCCCUGACGACAACUCAGGAUGGGACAUAGAUUUUUAAUGUUCUUUCUCUUACCUGCUUCUGCCUUGCCGAGGACAGCUUUUCCUGGGACGUGGCUGCCAGCGGAACGGGAAGACCGGAAUUGGGGAGGAUUCGUGCUCGGGGUCACCAUGAUGCCUUGAUUGAUGCUGCUCCAGUAACUCCAGUGGCAUUAGGACUUCCUGCUUAGUGACAAUAGUGCUCUCCAUGUUUUCUGUUGGAACGUGACCUGGUGGACAUGCUGGUCCUGGCACAGAGCCUUUCUCCGGCACAGAACUCCUCUUCUGUCGCCUCAGAGAUCCGGGCACACUCCUGGUUAGCAGAGUGAGAGAUCCGUAGAGUAAGAGGCACUUAAUUCCAGCUGCUUUUUCCGUAGGAUCACUACUAAUUUAUGAAGUGCUGCACUCCUCCUGUGCAGGAUUUGGGCUGUUCCCACCCUCCGAGCCCGGCAGGGCAGCGCCGGGGCCCAGGAGGAGCGCGGGCACAGCGCUCCCAUCGCAGCAGAGGGAGUGUGCCCUUCUCCUUUCCGAGCAGUAUUCCCGACGAGACUGAAUGUUCCCUUUCCUCCUUGCGUUGGAAUCGGUUUGGCUCAGCCUGCCCAAGCACAAGCACACCCACUGGUGUGUGCUGCAGGUGCCGCCGAGGCACAGCGGGGCCGCUCCUCUCGCGGGCCAGCAGCGCCUGCGGGCGGCCGCUUCUCCUUUCCCUGGGCACCAGCACGGCACGGGAAGAGCAGAUCGUGGAGUGAAUCCACUGUGCAUCCACUGAUCCAUUGCAUAUUAUUGAUCCAUUGUGCAUCCAUUGAUCCAUUGCACAUUAUUGAUCCAUUGUGCAUCCAUCAAUCCAUUGCACAUUAUUGAUCCAUUGUGCAUCCCUCGAUCCAUUGCAUAUUAUUGAUCCAUUGUGCAUCCCUCGAUCCAUUGCAUAUUAUUGAUCCACUGUGCAUCCAUCGAUCCAUUGCAUAUUAUUGAUCCAUUGUGCAUCCCUCGAUCCAUUGCACAUUAUUGAUCCAUUGUGCAUCCCUCGAUCCAUUGCAUAUUAUUGAUCCAUUGUGCAUCCCUCGAUCCAUUGCAUAUUAUUGAUCCACUGUGCAUCCAUCGAUCCAUUGCAUAUUAUUGAUCCAUUGUGCAUCCCUCGAUCCAUUGCACAUUAUUGAUCCAUUGUGCAUCCAUUGAUCCAUUGCAUAUUAUUGAUCCAUUGUGCAUCCAUUGAUCCAUUGCACAUUAUUGAUCCAUUGUGCAUCCCUCGAUCCAUUGCACAUUAUUGAUCCAUUGUGCAUCCCUCGAUCCAUUGCAUAUUAUUGAUCCAUUGUGCAUCCAUUGAUCCAUUGCAUAUUAUUGAUCCAUUGUGCAUCCCUCGAUCCAUUGCACAUUAUUGAUCCAUUGUGCAUCCCUCGAUCCAUUGCACAUUAUUGAUCCAUUGUGCAUCCCUCGAUCCAUUGCAUAUUAUUGAUCCAUUGUGCAUCCAUCGAUCCAUUGCAUAUUAUUGAUCCAUUGUGCAUCCCUCGAUCCAUUGCAUAUUAUUGAUCCAUUGUGCAUCCAUUGAUCCAUUGCACAUUAUUGAUCCAUUGUGCAUCCAUCGAUCCAUUGCACAUUAUUGCUCCAUUGUGCAUCCAUUGAUCCACUGUGCAUCCGUUGAUCCAUUGCACAUUAUUGAUCCAUUGCACAUUAUUGAUCCAUUGUACAUCUAUUGAUCCAUUUCACAUCUACUGAUCCAUUUCACAUCUACUGAUGCACUUCACAGUGCUUUCAUCACAGUCCUGGAACAAAGCAACAGCAGCCCACCAGGCUGAUUGAUUAGGCAUAAAAUUAAGGAUACCUUUGACCUUUUUAGGCCCAAAGGGAAAAACGUGAGAGCUGUGAUGUCUUUUCGAGGUGCUCUGUCCAUCCCUCACUCGGGAAGUGCUUGUCCCUGAUCCAUCCUGUCAGGAAUAUGUAGCAGAGGCUUUGUUCUCCAUCCUGAUGAUUCCGUGUCUGCAUCUCUUCCAUGUUUAAAGGAUCUCAUUAAAAUAAAAGUCCUGGCUCUGAUGGAACAUCGCCAGUAAUCCCAAUGCCUCUCCAGGCUAAGGAGCUCCACAGGAAAGUCAGUGGAAUUCAAUGGGAAAUGGAUUAUCCCUGUGAAGUCUCCAGCAUGCCAGGUCCAAAUGUCUGUGCUUAACACAGGGAUGGCCAAAUGUGUAUGGAAGAAAGAGCUGGGGAAAACAAUAUUACCAGGAUCUACUUUUCCCUCACUUCCACUGCUUUUCCUUUGCUUGAAUUCUUCCCUCUGGUUUAUGGGGUGCAGCAGAGGGAUCCUGUCCUGGGCGCCUGUUUGUUGCCUAUCCACAGGACUAAAGGUUUAUCCCAUUAUCCAGCUGGAAACAUCAGCUUCUGGUCUCUCUGAGAGACAUUGCCCCAAAGAACCACAGAAUCAUGGAAUGAUGGAAUGGUUUGGGUUGGAAGGGACCUUAAAGGUCCUCUCAUUGCAACCCGUGCUGUGGGUGAGCAGGUGCUGCCCCGUUUGAGCUCAGCUGCCAAGAGCUGACCGUGGAAAGAUCAAGUCUUGCUGGCAAGGGCUUUUCCCACAUAUUACAUGGAAAAGGUCUGUUUGAGCAGUAAAAAAUUCCUUCCCUGCUGCUAAAUCCCAACUCUUUUGCAUGUUUUUCAUGGAAGGAUUUAAUUAAAAGGGUAUCUUGACAGCAUGGGCCGUGUCUGCUGUUUAACAUGAGCUGGGUCGUGUGACACCUUUGAAACCAGUCUGUGGCUCUGGAAUCCCCUCUGUUUUCCAGAGGGUGAGGCCACACCUCUGGCACAGUCACUUCUGGUGUUCUUUAACCAUUAAAACUUCAUUUGCCUUCAAAACCACAGGGAAAAGGCAGCACCUGCUGGCUUUCCCACCUUUCUCCGAGGGAUGGACAGCACUGAGAGCCAAGGCUGAGCAUGAGGGCUAAAACACUCACCAGGCAUCUUAAACAGGCCUAACAGCCAAAUUCUUCCCUCACAUCCCCCUGGAUUUUCACUCCGUGGGGACAGCUUUCUGUAGGAGUUUGUCCCAGGAUGGUGACACCAGAUGCAGUUGGCAGGCGAGGAGGAGAAAGCACCACGAGGAUUUGGGGGACAGCCCGAAAACGUGGCAGGAAGGAGGGUCUAGAAUGGGCUGAGGAGUUGGGUUUCUUUUUCCUGUCCCUUUUUUUCCCUUGUGCCAGGCAUGGGAAUUGAUACCUGCAGCGUGCACUGUGCUGAACCUGAGUUUAUUUUGAUAUCAAACACCUCACUCGACUUUCCAUGGCCUCUCCUGAGCAUUAACACUUCGCAUAUGUAUAUGAUAAGCCUUCAGUUAUAAAAAUAUAUUUAAGUUGCUUUAUAUAUAUCUCUAUAUAUCCACAACAAGGGAUUGCCUCCGUGUUUCCACCUCCUGUCCUUAUUUCUUUGUCUCCUUUCCUGACCUACGGGACGACGGCGUUUUUUAGGGAAGGGGGAAUCAGCUCCCGUGUUUCCAGAGGGGCUUUGAUUGGUGUUGUAGCUUCUCCUGGAGCUGCACUGCCCACAGCAAACUCUUCUUCAACAACAGGACCACGAGCAGAUAUUUCUGUAAAUAGGUAUUUUCGUGUCGGUAUUUUGUGGGUCACACAGAACUUUUCUGUUCUUUUCCAGUUCCAUGGCAUUAUUCCUUCAUUUCCUUAUUUGUAAUGUAAUGUUUUUAGGUCGAGGUAGACUUGAAUUAAUGUCAUAUUUGUCAGUAUGAUUAAACUUUCUGUCAGCUGUCCUGUCCACCCAUCUGUCCCAUAGUUCUAGAACGUCACUGGCUAUCUGGCAUUGUUGCAAGUGCCUUAAAUCCAUGGCAUCUUAUUAAAAAAAAAAAAAAGACAAAUUUGGUGUUAUGCUGCAUGACAAAGACAAACACACCUCAAACUGUCGUCCUUUCUUAGCUUGCUGCGUUUUACAGUUCUUUCUGCUACCGAUUUCUAAGCCUUUAUUAUCUGAUCUCGAUGAAUUCCAGAAAUGAUGACGUCGUUCUCUGAUUUCUGUUCAAUGUACCAGAGCUGUGUAUCUGUUAAUGAGAUACAGAGUCAUUUCUGUGAAAUGUAUAAAUGUGAUGUGCGGGUCAAAUUACUCUCUGACGUCCUAGCAGUCCAUAGACAGGUAUUCCUGUUUUGCUAAGCUCUGCAGAUCCCACCCAUCCGUGCCGUCCCACACAGCCCCCAACAGGAUCUGUGCUUUUCCCUCCCCCGUUCCCUGCAUCCACGGGGAUGAGCCCUGGAAGCUGCUCCGCGGCUCCUCAACCCUGACACCGACUUGGGCGCUUUUAGGGCUUUCUCAGAAAAAGGGGAAAUUCCCAUUUGGAGUUGCCUCUCCCCCCGAGUCCCGAUUUGCGCUGGUUUUACCCCAGCCCCAUGUUUUAUACUCUGAUUUUCUCUCCUUCCAUGGCAGAGGUUUUGUUUGUCGGGCAGAUGUCGGUCACGCCCUGGCCAUCGGCCGCUUGCACUCUGUGGAUGUUGACUGAGGAACUUUGGGUUUUUUAUCAUAAACUUCCAUGGCUUUUGUUUCGCUCUGUACUCCCCCUGCAGCUGUAAUUGCCGAGUGCCUGUUGUAUACUUUAUAGAGUUGAAAUAAAAAUAAUUACUUUUGA